CCUUCCCAAGCAGCAAGGGAAAUUGAAUUGACAAGAUGGUGCCCACCUCUUCGCGCGCGCUCUUCCUUCUCCUGCUGCUCUUCGCCUGCCCCGAGUCGCGGGCUUCCCAGAACUGUCUCAGCAAGCAGCAGGUCCUCACUACCAUCCGCCAGUUGCAGCAGCUGCUGAAGGGCCAGGAGACCCGCUUCGCUGAGGGCAUCCGCAACAUGAAGACCCGGCUGGCCGCACUGCAGAACUCUGUGAGCAGGGUGGCCCCAGAUGCCCCUCCAGUUUCCUGCCCAGCUCUGAAUGCUCCUCCAGACGGCAGGAAGUUUGGAAGCAAGUACCUAGUGGAUCAUGAAGUCCAUUUUACCUGCAACCCUGGGUUCCGGCUGGUAGGGCCCAACAGCGUGGUGUGCCUUCCCAAUGGUACCUGGACAGGGGAGCAGCCCCACUGCAGAGAUAUUAGUGAAUGUUCCAGCCAGCCUUGUCACAAUGGUGGAACGUGUGUAGAAGAAGCCAACCAGUACAGAUGCAUCUGUCCUCCAGGAAGGACUGGGAGCCUCUGUCAACAUCAGGUUCAGACUGCGGCCGCGGAGGGCAGCGUGGCCGGCGACCCCGCCUUCAGCCGCGCGCCGCGCUGUGCGCAGGUGGAGCGGGCGCAGCACUGCAGCUGCGAGGCGGGAUUCCACCUGAGCGGCGCGGCCGGCGGCGACAGCAUCUGCCAGGAUGUGAAUGAAUGUGAGCUGUACAGGCAGGAGGGACGCCCCUGGCUCUGUAUGCACGCCUGUGUGAACACCCCAGGCUCCUACCGCUGUGCCUGUCCCAGUGGAUACCGGACCCUGGCUGACGGGAAGAGCUGUGAAGAUGUUGAUGAGUGUGUGGGACAACAGCACGUGUGUCCCAGCGGGACCAUGUGUGUCAACACUGGGGGAGGCUUCCAGUGCGUCAGCCCUGAAUGCCCCGAGGGCAGUGGCAACGUGAGCUAUGUGAAGACAUCUCCCUUCCAGUGUGAGCGAAAUCCUUGUCCCAUGGACAGCAGACCCUGCCGCCAUCUGCCUAAGACCAUCUCCUUCCACUACCUCUCUCUGCCCUCCAACUUGAAGACGCCCAUCACACUCUUCCGCAUGGCCACAGCCUCAGCUCCUGGCCGACCUGGGCCCAACAGUCUGAGGUUUGGGAUUGUGGGUGGGAGCAGCCGUGGACAUUUUGUGAUGCAGCGCUCAGACCGGCAGACAGGGGAACUGAUCCUCAUCCAGACCCUGGAGGGGCCUCAGACGGUGGAGGUAGAUGUUGACAUGUCAGAAUACCUGGAACGCUCCUUCCAGGCCAACCACGUGUCCAAGGUUACCAUCUUUGUAUCCCCCUAUGACUUCUAG